AUAUAAUAUAUAUAUAUAUAUAUUAUAUGUUCUAAACCUACUUGUCUUUUGAACAGUGGGAUCCAAUAUUUUUUGUCUGUUAGAUGUUCAAGUAAAAGAUUUAAAAGGUUUUGCUUUCUCAAUACCUUUAUUGAUUACUUUUGAUUUUAACUAGCAAAAUCUUUCAGGCCCACCUACAAUUUAUGUGAGAUGCAUAUUGUUUUUGUUUUUGGUUUUUAACGAGAGGAGAAGUUUGAGAAGUUGGGCAGGGGAUUGAAUUCUAGGUGGGUUUUGUGGAUAGAGCAAAAUGGCAGAAGAGCACAGACAGCCACUGCUGCAGAAAGAAUUCUAUGAAGACUGUCCAGGAUGUAAAGUGGACCAGCAAAAAGAGCUGGAAAGAGGGAUACCCAUCAAGAAACUAGUCUCCAUAUGGAUUGUGGUGCUCUGCACAGCGCUGCCAAUAUCAUCUCUCUUCCCAUUCCUUUAUUUCAUGAUAAGGGACUUCCAUAUUGCAGAAACAGAAGAAGAUAUUGGUUAUUAUGCUGGUUAUGUGGGGGCCUCAUUUAUGAUUGGAAGAGCUCUCACAUCCGUUGCAUGGGGAUUAGUGGCUGAUCGAUAUGGUCGUAAACCAGUUAUAAUUAUAGGCACUUUCACAGUGGUUAUUUUCAACACUCUCUUUGGUCUUAGUGUAAACUAUUGGAUGGCCAUCUGUACAAGGUUUCUUCUUGGAAGUUUCAAUGGUUUACUUGGGCCAAUAAAGGCAUAUGCAUGUGAAAUUUUCAACAAGGAAUACCAAGCUUUAGGACUAUCAACGGUUAGUACAGCAUGGGGCAUAGGAUUGAUUAUUGGCCCAGCUCUGGGAGGUUUUCUUGCCCAGCCUGCAGAGAAAUAUCCAGCUAUAUUUUCCAAAGAUUCUAUAUUUGGAAGAUUUCCGUACUUCUUGCCCUGCCUUUCUAUAUCAAUUUUCGCAUUGGUGGUGACAAUUGUUUCUUUUCGGCUUCCAGAAACAUUGCACGUUCAUAAUAAAUCGUGUGAAGAUUCAAUUGAGGCAUUGGAGGCUGCGUCCUGUGGGUCUAAUGGGAAAGAAAAAACACAGGAUUUUGAAGGAACAAAAUCUACUUCUAAAACAAGCCUAUUCAAGAACUGGCCCUUGAUGUCGUCAAUCAUAGUUUAUUGUGUAUUCUCACUUCAUGAUAUGGCUUACACAGAGAUAUUCUCAUUAUGGGCUGAGAGCCCUAGAAAGAAUGGGGGAUUGAGCUAUACAAGUGACAAUGUUGGGGUUGUUCUUGCUGUAACAGGUUUUGGCCUGUUGGUAUUUCAACUUUCUCUAUAUCCAGUAAUGAAUAGGAUUUUUGGCCCUAUCGUGUUAGCUCGCAUUGCCGGAGUUUUAUCAGUACCUCUAUUGACAUGUUACCCCUAUUUGACCAUGCUAACUGGAUUCAGCUUGUCACUGUUGUUAAAUUGCGCUUCCAUAGCAAAGAAUAUAUUAUCUAUAACUAUUAUUACUAGCACGUUCAUACUGCAGAACAAUGCUGUGGACCAAAACCAAAGAGGAGCAGCAAAUGGCAUAUCUAUGACAGCAAUGUCACUUUUUAAAGCUGUUGGUCCAGCUGCUGGAGGAGCAGUCUUUUCUUGGGCACAACGGCGUCGGGUUGCUGCCUUCCUUCCAGGUGACCAGAUGGUUUUCUUCCUCCUGAAUGUAAUCGAAGUAAUCGGGGUGUUGAUGACAUUCAAACCAUUUCUUGCUCAAUGAUGAAGCUUUA